GGACCCUGCCCUGCACUUCCCGAGCUGCGGCCAAAUUCUUUCUCCCCCGAGAUCUCCGCCACGCGCUGACCAUCAACGUAUACCCUUCGUCGCCUCCUCUUCUCAAUCUAAUUAUUCUUCUGUACAGUACUUAAUCAUGGGUUGGUUUUGGGCAGACACUACGCCUUCCGCGCCCGCAGCGCCUGUUGCGCAGCACCCCAUGCCGGUAGGCAACGCAGAGCCUCCUCCACAAUGUCCCAUGCACAAGAAGGCGACACCACCUGUCAAAGCAGAACAGGCACAAGUCCCCAAGGGCGCCUGCCCCUACGUCCCUCCCGAGAACGCAUCAUCGACCCCCGAGCCCAAGACCGGCCUUCUCGCAAAGCUAAACCCCCUCAACAACAUGUUCUCCGAACUCGACAACAAGAAAGCCGACAUUCAAUCUCGCGACCUCCCCCUCUCCCGCGAAGCCUCCACGAUCCCUAAAGGCGACGGCUCGCUCUGGGAGUACCCCUCGCCGCAGCAAAUGUACAACGCCAUGCUGCGCAAAGGCUACGUCGACACUGACGUAACCGCCGUCGAGUCCAUGGUCUCCGUGCACAACUUCCUCAACGAGGGCGCUUGGGCCGAGAUCAUGGGCUGGGAGCGGCGGUUCGCGCGCGGACUCAAAGAAGGGUACGAGAUCUGCAAGAACGGCGAGCAGCUUGCGAAUCUGAAGCUGGGCACCGCCGAGGACGGCAUCUUCGAUACAACGACGUGGGAUGUGAGAGACGUUCCGCCCCCGAAGUUGCUGAGGUUUACGGGUCGCCCGACGGAGAGAACGCCUAAGGCAACUGUUAUGCAGUGGCUGGGCUGGAUUAAUCCUGAGAAAUACGGCACGGCGCCGCCGUUCGAUCGCCACGAUUGGUUCGUCGAGCGGUGCAAUGAGCAGGGCUGUAAAGAAGUUCGAUAUGUGAUUGAUUACUACGAGGGCGAGGCCGUGUCGGACGACGAGCCCGUGUUCCAUCUGGAUAUCCGGCCUGCGGUUGACGGGCCGACUAGCGCGGCAGAGAGGUUGAUUCGCUCCGGCACCGAAUUCUGGUGGCAGGCGAGUGGCGGGAGUGCGCGGAUGCUGAGGAAGCUGCAGGAGGAAAAGAAGAGGAGGGAGGAGGAGAUGGCUGCCAAGAGUAGGCAAUAUAACUAAGUCCUCGAUUCCAUGGGGACCGAUGCGAGGGAGAAUGUAUAACGGAGACUAUGCGUAUGAGGCAUUGCGCGGCGUUUGGGCUUUUUGUAUGAUUGGGUUGUACAACAAAUGGCUCUUGUUAGGGUUCGAAGCAUGUUUGCUUGAGCUUUGUUUCUUUUCUUUCUGAUGAAUUGCAUACCUUACGCAGUCUGGAAUCUCUGCUAUAGCUCUGACAGGUUCUCUAAUGACGAUACGUCUUCUUC